UCUGCUUCUUUCUCCAAGUCCAAGAGAUUAGGUUCUACUGUUUCUCUCUCACUCUAUAUAUACUAUUUUCUCCUUUUACAACUUCUGUAGAGACGAUGUCCGUGGAACAAGACUUUUGGUGGUUCUUGGCGAUGCAUGCUUGUGCCUUAGUAGAUGAUAGAUUGAUUACAGAUUUCAAUUGUUGAGUUGCUCCGGUCUAGAAUGGCAGGAUCUUUCUGUUGUCGUUCCUCGGGAUAUUGAUUUUCGUCUUUUCCCAGUAGCUAUAAAGGCAGUGGUGAGCUCCAUUUACUUCUAUUUCUACAAUUAAUUUGCCGGAGGUGGUGCCGUGGUGGUUCUUCAUUUAUAUCUCUGACUGCUUGCUCCAAUCGAGUUCUUCCGACCGACCGACCUACCGCUGUGAUGGAAGGAACAACACUAUUCCCUAUUAGACCAGCAUUACCUAUCCCUCCUCCCAAGGCAAACCCAAAAUUACAAGCAAAACCUAAAGCUCCUCGUGUGAAAUUCAAUUUCAAUCCAAUCAUCGCUUUGCCCCCUCAACCUCCUCCUCCCCCUUAUUUCCCUCUAGAUUCACUCCUUCACCACCUCUCCUCAAUUUCACCAACCGAUCCUGUUUCAUCGCAAAGCUCAAAAUUCAAAUUCAAAUUGGGCCGUUCCAGGGAUACUCAUUUCAUAACCUCGGAUUCCAGUUGUUCAGUCAACGGUGACGAUUCACUUGAUUUCAUGCCCCUACGCUGUAAGUUUUUCCUGAAUUCUAUUAUAGAUCAGCCAGAGUCUAGUUUACAGGCUUUCUUCGAUUCAGUAAAGUCCGAGUUACUAGAGGAGGUAGAUUUGGUUGGACUUAUGAAAGGCUUAGAUCUUUCUGGUAAUACUGAGAAAACACUUUUGUUAGCUGAAUGGAUUGUGGUUAACUUACAGUAUCAGAAUUCACGCCUAGACAAUCAGGUUAUAGAGAUGAUAAUAAGAGUAUUAGGUAGAGAAUCUCGACAUUCAAUUGCAUUGAGAACGUUAGACAGACUUCCUAUUGAGGACUACUGUCUUGAUAUUCGAGCAUACACUACUGUUCUCCAUGCCUAUUCUCGAGCAGGUAAAUAUGAUCGAGCUGUUUCUCUCUUCGACAAUAUUGUGAAUAAGGGUCUCACCCCAACUUUAGUCACGUAUAAUGUUAUGCUUGAUGUUUAUGGGAAGAUUGGUGGUCAUUCCUGGCCAAAAAUCCUACAUCUUUUGGAUAAAAUCAAAGGACAAGGAUUGAAAUUUGAUGAAUUCACUUGUAGCACUGUUAUAUCUGCUUGUGGGAGGAAUGGCUUGUUGGAAGAAGCUAAACAAUUUUUUUCUGAUCUCAAGGCUGAAGGGUAUUUACCAGGGACUGUCACCUAUAAUUCCCUCUUGCAAGUGUUUGGCAAAGCUGGUGUUUAUUCGGAGGCCCUCGGUGUUUUAAAAGAAAUGGAGGAAAAUAACUGCCCAGCCGAUUCGGUUACAUACAACGAACUGGUGGCUGCUUAUGUUCGAGCUGGGUUUCUCGAGGAAGGAGCUGCUCUCGUUGGAAAAAUGACAGUUAAUGGAAUAAUGCCGAAUGUGGUUACAUAUACCACGUUGAUAGAUGCUUAUGGGAAAGUAGGGAAGGAGGACAAGGCUUUGGAUUUGCUACAUCAAAUGAAGGAAAUUGGUUGUGUUCCUAAUGUGUGUACUUAUAAUGCGAUACUUGGGAUGUUGGGAAAAAAGUCGAGAUUGGAGAACAUGAUGCUGAUUCUAUGUGAAAUGAAGUCAAACGGGUGUUCUCCAAAUGGGGUUACUUGGAAUACUUUGCUCGGAAUGUGUGUUAACCGAGAGAUGCAUAACUACGUGGGGCAAAUAUUCCGUGAGAUGAAGACUUGUGGGUUUGAACCUAAUAGAGACACUUUUAACACCUUGAUUAACGUAUACGGACGAAAUGGAUCUGAACUUAAUGCUUUGAAAAUGUACGAUGAGAUGAUUAAAGCGGGGUUUACUCCCUGUAUUAUGACCUAUAACGCACUUUUAAACGCCCUAGCUCGGAAAGGAGAUGACAAAGGAGUUGAAUCGAUUAUCAUAGACAUGAAAAACAAAGGCAUCAAGCCGGGUGAGACAUCAUACUCUCUAAUGCUUCAUUGCUAUUCAAAGGCAGGAAACUUAAAGGCAAUAGAGAGACUCGCAAAACAAAUAUACGACGGUAACAUCUUCCCAAGUUGGAUGCUUUUGAGAACCCUAGUUCUCGCGAAUUUCAAAUGCAGGUCUUUGAGGGGUAUGGAGAUAGCUUUUCAGGAACUUUUGAGUAAGGGAUAUAAACCUGACUUGAUCUUGUUUAACGCUAUGCUCUCAAUAUUUUCACGAAACAAGAGAUUUGAUCGUGCGAACGAGAUACUUCAAAUGAUUCAUAAGAAUGAUUUGCAGCCUGACAUUGUCACCUACAACAGCCUGAUGGACAUGUAUGCCACUUCAGGGAAAAGUUGGAAAGCUGAAGAAAUACUGAAAAGGCUACAAGAAGCUGGUAUAAAACCGGACCUUGUAUCUUACAAUACAGUUAUUAAAGGGUUUUGUCGGCAAGGACUUAUGAAUGAGGCAACGAGAAUGCUUUCGGAAAUGACAGGUAAUGGGAUUCGGCCUUGUAUCGUCACUUUCAAUACGUUUGUUGCGGGAUAUGCAGGAAUGGGACUGUUUGAAGAAGUUAAUGAUGUAGUUAGUUAUAUGAUUGAAGUGAAUUGUAGACCGAAUGAGCUAACAUACAAGACGAUUGUGGAUGGGUAUUGUAAAGCGAAGAAAUACAAGGAAGCUAUGUAUUUUUUGUCAAGCAUUAAGGAAAUCGAUUGUUCUUUUGCAGAGCAAUCUCUGAAGAGAUUUGUAUCUACAGUUGAGGAUCAUAUGGGUAACAGCCUUACUUUAGUAUCUACUACAUGAUGAUUGCAUUAUUUGGUUUUCGAUUAUUGUAAAGAAGUUGAAUUUGGUUUUGGUGUUCCUAUAUAUUUCAUUCUUUCAAAUGGAUACAACAGUUUA